AUGAUGAUGUAUACGGCUCUGAUUGCUCUCUUCUCGGGACUUGCGCUCGGCGCACCUGCAUUGCAAGAACGCAGCUCGCUCACUUUUACCGUUGAUAUCACUGCGGUGAACCAGCUCUGCACCUACAUGCACAAGACUUCCAGCUUUGCCACCUUCUUGCUCAACAGCAACGUCAAGUCGACGUUCAGCGUUGCCAGUGAUGGCUCCACAAGCGGCCAGGUCGCGGUCGAUCAAAAAGGCGACGUCAGCACCGUCACGAUCACCAACUUUGUCAAUGCCGACGGAGGCUACUACGAGGCCAAGAUUGACUUUCUGCCCCUCGACGGUGGCUUUUGCUGCACGCCCAAGGGUGAAGCUACGAUCAAUCUUCACCUCGAUGGUCGUAUGACGGACGGCUUGGCCGGCAUCAACCUCACGUGCGAGAGCAACGAGCAGUGCGACUUUGAUCCCUUCCAAGGUAAGAAAUACUGUCCGGCCGACGCCACCAAGAUUAGUGGCAAACGUGAUGCUUAG